CGAUGGACCGCGAUGAUCCUCUGCGGCUUCAUCACCUCCCCCGUCAUCGCCAUCGUCCUCAAGUUCUUCCUCCCUCAACUGGAGAAAGAUGACGAGUUUUGCGAGGCGACAAAGCCCGGAAAUACCGUGAUCGGGGCGGGUAACGCCCAGAAGAUGCUUCACUCCGCCGAGAUGGGCAGAGCCACCGACAACUGCUGCAACUACGAACAUUCCACGGUCGAAGAUUGCGAGAAGAGCAUCACCAACCCCAACGUCCGCGCGCGGUUCCUCAUGUCCCUCAUCGCGGGCGACUUCUUCCAUAACUUCACCGACGGUAUCUUCAUUGGAGCCGCGUUCCAGUGCAACACCACCCUCGCGUGGCGGAUCGUCGCCGUCACCGUCGCGCAUGAGGUUCCCCAGGAGCUCGCCGACUUUGCGGUACUGGUCAACUCCCUCGGAUUCUCGGUGCCAACGGCGCUCGCGUACAACGUCAUCGCGGGCGCCUCAGUCAUGCUCGGUGGUAUCGUCAUCAUGCUCGCGGACGUGUCUAACCUGGACACCGGUAUGCUGCUCGCGUACGGCGCCGGUAACUACAUCUACUGCGCCACCGUGCACAUGUUCUCGAUGGGGUCUAAAAACAUCCUUCACGAUGCUAAGAGGCUCCUCGCGUUCGCGGUGGGCGCCGUCGCCAUCGGGCUGAUCCUUCUGGACCACGAGCACUGCGAGGCAGGCGCGGACGCGGGCGGCGGUGACGCCCACGCACACGACCACAGGCGGUUAUUCUACUAAAUGAAGGUAACCCCCAACUUUCCACAUCCCCGCCGCCUCUCCUCUCCACGGGGAUGAGUUCCGGCGAGUGGAGAACAAAAACAAAUCAAACGCCGAAGCCGCCGAAAGCACUUCGCGCGUUCCGUCGUGAGUGAGAGAAAGAUCAAAAUCCGACCGCCUCGCCUCGAUGCCCCGUGCAUUAUUAUCUUUGACACAAGAGGUCCACGACGGCUGGACUUCAACCCUGUUUGACAUAGCAAGCUGCUUCUGCU